ACGCCUCCGCUUCCUCCCCAACUCGACCCCUUCCCACCCUUCGUCACCCUACCGCACAACCAACUCCUCUCCACUGAAAUCCACCACCUCCCAAAUCCCAACCCCAAACCCCCCAAACACACCACGCCGCAAUGCCGCACCGCCACCGCCUCCUCCUCCUCCUCCUCGUCACCACCGCCUCCGCUGCCCCCGCCGCUGGAGUUGCUCCCGGCGCCGCAUCGCACUCGCAGCCCACGCUACCGCAGCCGGUCCAAGCCGUGGCCCCGUCCGCGGCGCUGGCCUCGAGACCGCCGAACCCCGCCGUGCUCCUCUCCGCUUUCCUCGCCAAGGCCGACCCGUCCUCCCACCUGCGAGCCCCCCCGGCCGCCUCCCUCUGCUCCCGCCCAGGGGUCUCCUGCAGCGCGGUCGGCCAGGUCACCCGUCUCGUCCUCGAGUCGGUGGGCCUCAACGGGACGUUCCCACCAGCCACGCUCUCCCGCCUCGCCGAGCUCCGCGUGCUCAGCCUCAAGUCCAACGCGCUCCACGGCCCCGUCCCCGAUCUUUCCCCGCUCGCAAACCUCAAGGCGCUCUUCCUCGCGGCCAACCGCUUCUCGGGGCCCUUCCCGGCCUCGCUCGCCUCGCUGCGACGGCUCCGAUCCAUGGACCUCUCCGGGAACAGGUUCUCCGGCGUGCUGCCGCCCGGCAUUGAGGCCGCGUUCCCGCAUCUCACGUUCCUCCGCCUCGACGUCAACCACUUCAAUGGCUCCCUCCCGGCGUGGAACCAGUCGUCGCUCAAGGUGCUGAACGUGUCGUUCAACAACUUCUCCGGGCCCGUGCCGGUUACGCCCGUCAUGGUGCAGAUGGGCGCCGCCGCGUUCGCUGGCAAUCCCGGGCUCUGCGGCGAGGUCCUCCGCCGCGAGUGCCGCGGGUCCCACCUCCUCUUCUUCCACGGAGGUGGCAACAACGGUUCGGUUGCUCCCCCUGUUCAGAGCGCUGCCGCGACCGCGAGUGAUAGUGGUAGUGGUCCGCAGCAAGAGGGCUUGAGCAUGCCGGAUUCGUCCGCGCCACGCGCGAAGAAAGUGAGGAGGAGGACCACGAUGGCUGUCGCAUUUUCCGUAGGGGCGUUCCUGGCCGUGCUGCUUGUUUGCGCCAUGAUUGCGAUGAAGAGGAGCAAAAAGCGGAGGCGGCCGACCUCGGCGGCGUACCCAAGCCUCAAGAAGAGCGCAACCGCGUCAGAUGUGAGCAGGGACAAUGCUGACAUUGGCUACGUGGAGUGCGUGCCCGAUGAGGAGACAGCGGCGAUUAUGGUGCCGGAGGAGAAGGCGCGAAGGCUGGGGCGGAGUGGGUGCCUUACGUUCUGCGCGGGCGAGGCGGCGAGUUACAGCCUCGAGCAGCUGAUGCGCGCUUCGGCAGAGGUGCUCGGUCGGGGGAGCGUGGGGACGACGUACAAGGCGGUGCUUGAUGGCCGGCUCGUGGUGAUUGUGAAGAGACUGGACGCGGCCAAGAUUGGCCCGGCGGCGCUGGAAGCAGAGACGUUCGAGCAGAACAUGGACGCGGUUGGGCGCCUGCGGCAUCCAAACCUUGUGCCGUUACGAGCAUUCUUCCAGGCUAAGGAGGAGAGGCUGCUGGUGUACGACUACCAGCCCAAUGGCAGCCUCUACUCUCUCAUCCAUGGUUCAAGGUCAUCGCAGGCUAAACCACUUCACUGGACUUCAUGCCUGAAGAUAGCAGAAGAUGUGACACAGGGUCUUGCUUACAUUCAUCAAGCGUCUCGACUUGUCCACGGAAACAUCAAGUCGUCUAAUGUUCUGCUUGGUUCGGACUUUGAGGCUUGCCUUACUGACAAUUGCUUGUCAUUCCUCCUGGAAUCAUCAGAAGUUAAAGACGAUGCUGCUUAUAGAGCACCAGAAAACAUGAAGUCCAACAGAAUGCUAACUCCAAAAUCAGACAUAUAUGCUUUUGGUGUCCUCCUCCUUGAGCUUCUUGGCGGAAAGCCACCACUUCAGCACUCAGUCUUGGUCGCAACUAAUCUUCAAACCUACAUCCAGUCGGCGAGAGAGGAUGAAGGAGUGGACAGCGACCGCAUCUCAAUGAUUGUCGACAUAGCCGCUGCUUGCGUUUGGUCCUCACCAGAAAGUCGGCCUACCGCCUGGCAAGUCCUUAAGAUGAUUCAAGAAGUGAAGGAAGCAGAUACAACUGGCGACAAUGACAGUGAUCUUACCAGCAAUUCCUAGUUGCCUGGAUGGGCCCAUGUGAAGUUGGAUAAUUCGAAGUGACCAAUCAAUGCUAGUGUAGGAGCUUGGCUACAGGUUCUUGCUGGAUGAAUCCGCGUAGACUGGGAUAAUUCGAAGUGAAGAUCAACUAUAGUGUAGGAGAAUGGCAAUAGGAUCACGGUCUCUCUGAUUAGUAUCGUUUUGAGCUACGGAUGGUGUAACAUAUUUUAGGAUUUCUGUAGUGCCAGCAUAUUCUGGUCAAUUGCUACCAUUAGCAAUUUUAGCUCCAGUCUGUUAUGCUAUAGUAGUCAAGUGACCAAAGCAGUGUGUUGAGUUAAAUAUCUGGCUCCAAAUUCUAUUACUAUCAAGUAGUAUGAUAUCAUUGUGCAAUGUUUAGAUUGAAGAAUGGGAUGGUGAAUGGACCGUUUUGUUCAACUCUGAA